UGGGAUGCAGCCACUUAAGAACUGAGUGGUGAUUUCUGUAUUGAACUCAACACUGAUACGGACGCGAAUGCGGGUGCGGAUGCGUAUUCGACGGAUAACAAGCGGCAGACACAGAUACGUGACAGUUGCGAAAAUUUGGCAACAGGUACCACUGCAAGCCGGUGGCAGCCGUCGAUCACGAACACAAACAUAUCAGCAAUGCCUGCCGCCCCGAACGAAAAGGAGGAAAAGGAUAAGGAGAAGGAGAAGGGCAAACAGCUGUACGAUGUCUCCGAGCGAGUGUUUGCCGCCAUGCAGAAUCUGGACAUAACACUGCUGGCCAGCUAUCCGGAGCUAGAGAUACGGCCGGUGUUGCCAUCGCUGGUGCGGAUGAGCCUGCUCUCGCCACUGGACAACACAACGUCAUCGAUGGAGUCACGCAAGGAGAUCCUCGCUGUCCUCAUUGGCAUCGAGGUGGUGAACAGCAUUGUUUCCUAUUUGCAGGUCAAUUACCAUGAACUCGAGAACGAUCUGAAGAAGGAGCUGCUGGUGCGUCAGAAAUCGUCCAGUGCCAACAAUGGUAAUGGCAACAAUGGGAACAACGGCUUCGCCGGCGAAACGCAACCACAGCCGGAGUACGGAUUGCAGUCGGGCAUUGCUCUCGGAUUCGAGCGGGCGGAUGUGGCGCGCAAGGUGCGUGUUGUUCUCUCCGAGAUAUUUAGCUUGCAACAACAGGUAUCCGGUUCGGCGACGCCCAGUUCUGGCUCUGGUUCGGGUUCCGGUUCUGGGUCGGAUUCUGGUUCGGGUUCGGGUACCGCCUCCGAACCGAAGCCAUCAUCUUAUGCUGCAUCAUCGACUGGCAAACCGGGCUACCUGGAGAUACUCGACGAUGGCAUCUAUCUGGAGGAGGUCGUCGACAUCCUGUGCAUUGCCCUCGCCGAGCUGCCAUCGCUGCUCAACAUCCUGGAGCUAGUCGACGCCCUCGUCACUGUGCCGAACGGUUAUCGGAUCAUUUGUGCACUGGUCGCCAAUUUUCCGGAUUGUUAUCGUGAUGUUGUCUCGCACGUGAUAGCCAACUAUUGUGAUGACAAGGGUCGCAAGCAGCGACUCCUGCUCCUGAUGGCCCUAAGCGAGAUGAAUCCAUCGCAGGCGUUGGUCAAUCGCUCCAUGUGCGUCGAAAUGAUGAAAGUGCCUUCGUUUAUGCUUAAGCUAGCGCUCAAGCAUACCGAUGACCUGGUUGCCUUCCUCACUGGCCUGCUGCUGGGAAACGAUCAGAAUCUUCGCUCAUGGUUUGCACUCUACAUCCGCUCCAGCCAGAAACGCAAGGGCGACGCACUAAAUCUGGUGCGUGUCGAGCUGCUGCAAAAGAUCGUAAAGAUCACCGCGAAGGCAUCCGAACUGAAGGACUUCAAUCUGCAGGGUGCUGUACUUUUGCGCCUGUAUUGCGCCCUUCGCGGCAUUGGUGGCCUCAAGUUUAAUGACGACGAGAUCAAUGCACUCUCGCAACUGGUCACCAGUUGCCCCAAGGCAACGCCAUCCGGGGUUCGUUUUGUGACGCUGGCACUGUGCAUGCUUAUCGCGUGUCCAUCGCUGGUGUCCACCAUUCCGCUGGAGAACAAGGCUGUCGAAUGGCUGCAGUGGCUCAUACGCGAGGAUGCUUUCUUCUGUAAACGUUCCGGGACGAGCAGUUCCCUCGGCGAGAUGCUCCUCCUGCUGGCCAUCCAUUUUCACAGCAAUCAGAUAACGGCCAUCAGUGAAAUGGUCUGCUCCACGCUGGCCAUGAAGAUACCCAUCCGGCCGAAUAGCACCAAUCGCAUUAAGCAACUGUUCACACAGGAUCUGUUCACCGAACAGGUGGUGGCAUUGCAUGCGGUUCGGGUGCCUGUCACACCCAAUCUGAAUGGCACCAUACCCGGCUAUCUGCCGGUGCACUGCAUCCAUCAGUUGCUCAAAUCGCGCACAUUUCUCAAACACAAAGUGCCGAUUAAAUCGUGGAUCUUUAAACAGAUCUGUAGCUCGGUGCGACCGGUGCAUCCGGUGAUGCCGGCCCUGGUUGAGGUAUAUGUCAAUACACUGAUCAUACCGAAUCCCACCGGCAAGGUGAGCAUCGAUCAUAUGCAUCGACCCUUCACCGAAUUGGAAAUUUUGCACGUAUUUCGUACCUCGCCGCUAACAAUUUUUGCGGAGGAGCUGCAACCGUUGGCGGCCAGCGAUGAGCUUGCCCAGGUGGAGGUUAGCUGCCCGUUAACAUCGCAACUGCUGAUGAUAUACUAUCUGAUGCUGUACGAGGAUACGCGUCUGAUGAAUCUCAGCGCACUCGGUGGCCGCAAACAAAAGGAGUACUCCAACAAUUUAAUGGGCGGCCUCCCGCUCAAAUAUCUCUUGCAGAAGGCACAUCAGUAUCACAGCGAUUAUCUGUCACUGUUCCAUCCGCUGUUGCGUCUCAUCAUCUCCAACUAUCCGCAUCUUAGUAUGGUCGACGAUUGGCUCGAGGUCGAGGAGCACUAUUUGCUUGCCAGCAGCAACAACAGCAGCAGCAGCAGCCUCGAACCAGGUCGUUACGACCUAAAGCCGGAACUGCUCAGUGGGGCACUGGAGACCAUCGAAACGAAGCCACAGCUGGCGAUACAAGUAUUUAAGCGUCUGUUGCAGCUGCCACCCGAGUCUUUGGCACAAUAUGCCCAUCAGUUGGUGCAGCAUCUGCCGGUUGUCUUUGUGCGGGAUGUGCCGCGCUAUGUCAAGGAUCUGUAUCAUGAUCUCUGGCUGCGCCUCAACGCCGUUCUGCCCACCACCUUCUGGAUUAUGUCGUUGCGUGCGAUCAGCAACAAUGCGGACACUCUAACGCGACGCACCUUCGCCAAUGAGAGCCUGCUGGAGCCGAUGGAUGUGCUCGGUUGCCCACGACACGUGUUCUGCUCGCCAUAUAUGCUGGUUAUCCUGUUGCGCAUAUUGAAGGGCAGUCUGGCUGCCUCAAAGACAUACCUCAAUGUCCACAUGCAACAGAAACAGGUGCUCGACAAGAAUGGAUUAGUGCAAACGGAUGCGGAUCGGGAGGAGCUGAAGACGACACUGAUUGCAUCGCAGGAGAGCGCAGCUGUGCACAUUCUGCUCGAGGUUCUCGAGUAUAUGGAUAGCAAGGCGGUGACGCGAGUUUCGCAACUGGAGCUGCGCGAAAUACAGGGCAUCAUUGGGACGUAUGUGCAUCAGGCGUUCAUAUCGGAGCCAUCGCUGGCCAAACUGGUCCACUUCCAGACGUAUCCCAAAUCGGUGAUACCAAUGAUUGUAGCCAGUGUGCCGUCGAUGCAUAUCUGCAUUGAUUUCGUUCAUGAGUUUCUCAAUGUAACCGAAAUGAAUAAGCAACUGUUUACCAUUGAGCUGACAUCGCAUCUUGUGCUCAACUAUUCGAUACCAAAGAGUUUGGGCAUCUCCAAGUUCUGCCUGAAUGUCAUCCAGACGACACUGUCGCUGCUCACCUCGUCGGCCAAGUGUAAAUACCUGAAGAAUGUGUUGCCAGCCAUGGUGCGUUUUGUCGAAACGUUUCCCAUUCUCGCCGACGAUUGCAUCAACAUUCUGAUGAACACCGGACGCAGUCUUCACUCGCAAUCCUCGCUGGGCGUCACCACAAUGCAAAUGCCACUCACCGAGAGUGAAAAGCUGUGCUCCUAUCGCGAUGCCCAGCUCCACAUCACGAUGAUCGAGGACGCGUUCAAAGCGCUAGUCGAGGCGGUCAUGCAAAAGGCGGAACUCUACUAAGCCAGGGCACAGACCUAUGUCCAAAAGACUUUAUUCAACAAUUUAAUUAUACAUAUACCUAUAUAUAUAUAUAUAUAUAUAUAUUCGUUAAGCUAAACUCUAAAAAGCAAAACAGUUGCCCAACAACGAGGAUUAAGUCAGAAAACCACUAAAUGUAAAAAUAGGGAUUAUGUGAGCGUUAAUCAUGAAAUCAUAUGCUAGGCAAAAUCGAGAACUAUGUCAGGAAGCACUUCUUAUUAUUAUUAUAUAUAUAUAUAGUUUAAGUCAAAAAUGAUGUUUAAAUUACCUUUGUACCUUUUCCCACUUCGAUCAGUCAGUAAAGCAACUUUUUCAACAAA